AUGUGCAACAACGCGAUGGUCACCUCUUACACGCGUAGUGUAGUGGGUACGCUCAGCUUAGUUCUGCAUCGAAUCAUUCAAAAGAACUCAGGACCCGGGCUCCAGGACCCAGGCUCCAGAACCCGGGCUCCAGAACCCGGGCACCAGGAGAUGAGCUCCAGCACCCUGGCUCCAGCACCCUGGCUCCAGCACCCUGGCUCCAGCACUCUGGCUCCAGCACCCGGGCUCCGGAACCCGAGCUCUAGGACCCGGGCUCCAGAAACUGCGCUCCGGGAUACGGGCUCCUGGACCCGAGCACCAGGACCCGUUCUCCAGCCCUCGGAUCUCUCCUCCUUCUCUGGAGCAUCGAGAAGGCGAGAACUGAUUCUUGCCUCCACUUUUCUCUUCCUUUAUAGUGCCCAUCCUGGGGUCAAUGGGCCAUCAGAAGGUUGUGGGUUUUUCACGUCGCUUUUUUGGUGGAUUUGA